GCGGUCUUCUCUCGAAACCACGUCCUCCCUGGGUGUGGUUCGAAACUGUGUCUCGAAGUUUGUGUCCAGUUUUCAUUGUAUCUCCAAUCUUCUCUUUAUACAAAUCUCAAGCUUUUUAUCCAGUUUUCGAAUCAUUCAGGAAGAUACACAUUGAAGAUACAUAUUCGUGUAUGUGCUCUUUUACCGAGCGUGCAUACAACAGACGAAGAAGGAUAGUGUGGGAUAGCGAACGAUAGAGGGAGAAGUUUAAGGGAGAAAAGGAGAGGGUGAAAGCGCGUGAGUGAAAGAGAGAGAUAGACUAGUGGGGCGAGCCACGACUCUUCAUCGAUUCGUCGCUUCCACGGUUCUGUGAACGCGGCAUGAAAAGAAAGCUAGCACCACCAAUGGCCGCAUUUGACCGCUUCUUGUGCGUGUGCGUACCUGUGUUCGAUUCCUGCUAGAAAAGUGUUCUUUCUUCCGGUUUUCUCUUGGACGCUUCUGCUAGUUGCUAACGUUCCAUCGACGGCGCAAUCUGGCGGUAGACAACGGGUUCAGAGAGGCCACCCUUUACUCUCUGCACGAACCUUCCACGCAGAGAGGUUAUGUUUGUUCGGGAUUCAUGACGCUCUGACAGAAGUGGAAGGCGGACGGAGCGGGGGUGGCAACGGUCUCGCUAGGAGGUAUCGAAGCUGGCGCGUGGGGCGGGAGAGUCAGCGGUGGUCUGGCUCUGGUUCCGGUGGUAGCGGCGGAAACGGAAGCCGCGACAGCAACAGAUCAGAGAGAACGACUGGAAAAGGCUGGUGCGACCCGCUGGAGAAGGAAAUUCGAUCGUCUUCUAUUUUCAACCUUUCCCAUCCCUGGUGGUGGAAAAUUCGAGAGCGUCUAUCUGCCAUCGAAGAAAGCGUCGACGGCGUGACACUGGGCCCCAAUCACCUUCGAGCAAGAAGGCAUACGAAAUAGGAUUAAUCCAUUCCUGAAAAAUCACAUUUUAGGCUUUGUUGGAGGUGUACCACCUCCUCCUCGAGAACCUCCCUUUUCCACCCUUCACGGGUAGUCACGCUUAGCGCAUCAUUAGACAGGCAUCAUGAGCAGCGAGCUCGAAUCCCUACGUCAGGAAUCGGACAAGCUGAAAAAUGCCAUUCGAGAUGCCAGAAAAGCAGCUUGCGAUACGACGUUGGUCCAAGCCACGUCGGGCAUGGAGCCUAUCGGCCGGAUACAAAUGCGUACGAGACGCACACUUCGUGGUCACUUAGCCAAGAUUUAUGCCAUGCAUUGGGGCAGUGAUUCAAGAAAUUUAGUGUCAGCAUCGCAAGAUGGAAAAUUGAUCGUUUGGGACAGUUAUACCACCAACAAAGUUCAUGCAAUCCCUUUGCGCUCCUCAUGGGUGAUGACCUGUGCGUACGCACCAUCAGGUAGUUUCGUAGCCUGCGGUGGGCUGGAUAACAUUUGUUCCAUCUAUAGUCUAAAAACUAGGGAAGGAAAUGUAAGAGUUAGCAGAGAACUCCCAGGUCACACUGGGUACUUGUCUUGCUGUCGAUUUUAUGACGACAACCAAAUUGUCACUAGUUCUGGCGAUAUGACUUGUGCCCUGUGGGAUAUAGAAACUGGUCAACAAUGUACCUCCUUUAUUGGACACACGGGUGAUGUUAUGUCCCUGUCUUUGGCUCCUGACACACGCACAUUCGUAUCUGGUGCGUGUGAUGCUAGUGCAAAAUUAUGGGACAUUCGUGAAGGAACUUGCAAACAAACUUUCCCAGGCCAUGAGAGCGAUAUAAACGCUGUUACGUUCUUCCCGAAUGGAUACGCUUUCGCGACGGGUUCAGACGAUGCAACGUGCAGACUUUUCGAUAUUAGGGCAGAUCAAGAACUGGCGAUGUAUAGUCACGACAAUAUUAUCUGCGGUAUCACUAGCGUAGCGUUCAGCAAGAGCGGUAGAUUAUUGCUGGCCGGCUACGACGAUUUUAACUGCAACGUUUGGGAUUCCAUGAAGGCCGAACGAGCCGGAAUUCUUGCCGGUCACGAUAAUCGUGUGUCUUGCCUCGGCGUUACGGAGGAUGGUAUGGCAGUAGGGACGGGCUCAUGGGACUCAUUUUUGCGUAUUUGGAACUAACUUGGGGUUAAUCCCAAGACGUUCCUCCACAGAACCAACUACAGCCAAUCAGCAUACAGCAUAAGCAUCAAGUACCACCACUUGGCCACCGAAGUCGGCGUGUCCGUGUCCUCAACGGAGGCGAAUUAUUCGCCCGGUUCACCGGAGUUGACGUUGAUCAGAAAGUUUGGACAUCCGUUAGACAACAACAGUAAAAAGACCCACGGUAGUAGCAGCAGUAGCGGCAGCGAAUUUAAGAACGUUUUGGGUUGUGGUGGUAAAAAGGACUACCGGAAACGCGUCGUCGAUUUAACCUGGCGACGUGGCAAAGUCGGCGAUAAAAUCACUCAUGAAUAUCAGCGCUUCUAGUAUAUGGAUAUACCGUUUGUUCGAUAUAUUCGAACGUACGACUGAUGAUGAUGAUGAUGAUGAUGAUGAUGAUGAUGAUGAUAAUCGAGAAAGAAGCGUGGCGAAAGGAAGAACGACAGAACGGAGAGCAGCACCAAGGCUGACAGCCAUAUCUCUUCGAUGUCGUGCGCGUUACUUCCUUUCUCUCCUCCCCUUUCUCAAGGACUAUUUGGCAAUUUCGAAGAGUACGUGCUGUUGAUAUAUAUAUAUAUAUUGAUAGCNUAUAUAUCUUGAUAGCAUCUUCUCGAAGAUCUUCCCGAAUUCGAAGGUUGAAAUAAAGAAUCGAUUCCCGACACUCCUCAUCCGAGGUCUACGUCGCUGGAAGCGUUUUAUUAUUAUGAAUAAGAAAAAAAAAAAAAAAAAAAAAAAAGAAAAAAGGUUCCGAGCGUUCACUGCCGAUGAAGCGCCGACAUGGCUGCUCCGGCGGUUGAUUUUACAUUUUUUUUUUUUUUCGACACGCACGAAGCAAGUCGUACCAGGCGAGAACACGAUAUGAAAAAAAGAAGGAAAAAUGGUCGCUCGUGCACGGCAUAAAAGUAAACAUGAUCGUGAAAACUAUAUAUACAUAUAUAUAUUAUAUAUAUACGUAUGUCGACGAGCAGCCAAGAUUACGAUAAUCUCGCAUAUUGCAUUCAACCUACACGCACACCGUACGCACGUGUAUUAAUACGUACAUAGAAAACUACAUACAUACAUCUGCACACAAAACGCGAAGUACCGCAAACAAAAAGCAUCUGCUAUUAAGUACAUAGUGGGUCAUCCACGAGUCCCGACAUAUAAGUCACUAUCUCCGAUCAUAUUUUCUCUCUUCUUUUCGUUUUCUCCCCUUUCCUUUUUACGUUUAAAUUUCGAUUUUAAAUUCCUCUUUUAUCGUCAAUUUUUUUUUUUUUUUUUUUUUUACCUUCUUAAAAGAUGGCUAGAUAAGGAGAAGGGAAAAAAAAAAGAUUCGCAAAGAUUGCAUCAUCUUUUGUGACUAUAAUCGUCGAGUUUACAUUAAUAUCUGUAAUUUUUAUAGAUUUAUUCUUUAUUUAUUUUGUAUAGAUAUCUACCAUAGACCAUCUUACGUAUAUACAUUCUUGUGUCCCUUUUUUUCUUCUCUUUGCUUGAAAUUGUGAGUGAAUGUUCGAGUUACAGAGAUUGUUAGAGAGUGAACGAAUUCAGAUGCAAGAAUACUCGUAAAAUCUCGAAGAGAACUCGUUGCGAAUCAAAAUUCACAUAAAUAUAAAAAAAAAAAAAAAGAUAUUUCUAAGUUAUUCCUUCGAUUUACCUUUCAUCGAAAUUUGAAUUGUCGAAAUAUCAAAGGAAAUAAAUAAAUAAAAAAAAAAAACGAUUAACAACACGAUAUAAAUAAGAUGAGCAAAAGAAAACGUACUUCGCCUCGUCGCUGAUUCGAAUGCACGCUCGCGAGGAGCCAGUAUAAAGUAUGAACAGAAGGGAUAUUUAAAUGUAACGUGUAUUUAGUUCGUAGUUCGCCUCUAUCCUCUGUUUCUUCAAUUAGAAAACAGCGAGACCGAGAAGAGUUCCUCCUAACUCUCGCCAAAGCAAGAGUCCCAUUUAUCUUUCUCUGUUAUGUCGAUCCUGUAUCGAAGAAUCCUCGUAACGUGUGAGAAAGACACGUAUUCUCGAAACAGUUAUCCUAUAAGUUCCUUUGAAAUAGGACCCAAAGAAUCACGGAUCGACGCCACGGGCCGCAAGAUCAAACUCUCUCUCUCACCCUCGUCGUUCUUUCUUUUCUUCGACUUCAUUAUUAUUCUUCGAUUCCUCUCUUUUUUUAAUGUAUCCUUUUCGCUUUCUAUCUAUCUAUCUAUACCCUGUAUCGUCCCUCUUUCUUUUCAUUCGCUAUUCAUACCUUGCGUUCCUCCUUUCCAUUUCACCUCUAUUCUCUGUCCUGUUUUUAUCGAAGAAAUUACAUGUUUAAACUGUAUAUGCAUUUAAAGUAAUAAUAUUAAUGAUAAUGUUUAAUAUUAAUAUUAAUGAUGAUUGUAAUUUAUAAUAAUAUUAAUAUUUAAUAUAUAAGUAUCUAAGAAGAUAAUGGUGAAUCUACUUGUUCAGUACCGCGGGAUUACGGUCCAAUCGCUUUCCGGCGACCACGCUGCCACAUCUAUUUGUUUUCUCGCAACAUUGUUCUAUUUUUGCGUUAUAUUUUAUUGCAUUCUUGUUUGCAUUUAAUAUUCUCACGAUAUUCGAUCAAGGAGAACGUUAUGUAAAAGUAUUAUCGUUUGUUACGAUCUUACGUAAUUCAAUGUUUUAAAUUGUUUUAAAUACAUAUAUAUAUAUAUAUUUGAACCGCUGUUAGUUCCUAUUGAGAUCAUCAAUUAGAGAGGGAAAAAGACGGCUGAUCGAGCAGGAGAAGCGUGGCUUCCGGAAUGCGAAAACCACCAAUUGUUUUCCUAACAGAACAAGUACAAGUGUAAUCCGAUUAAAAAACUGUUAAAGGGACUAUUAAGAAAUAUUUGACGAGUUUCUAAAGACGUUAUUCUACAUUGCGUUACGAAAAGAUAAAUAAGAGAUAAUUUCUUGAACAAUAACGUUCGAAAUCAGUUUUUUGAUAUCACUCUUUUCGACUAAUCGCGCUUAUGUCACACGCCUCCAUAUCCUCUAGCGACCAAUUAGGCAAAAAAAAAAAAUAAUAAUAAUAAUAUAAUGAUAACAAGAUAUUAAAAAAAAAAAAAAAAAAACGAUCUUUCCUCCGCGCCAAUACGAGACGAAGGCCUUCUUCCUUCAAUAUUUUCGAUUAUUUUCAAUGAAAUUUCGAAAUGAUGCACAGGAAUACCAUUUUUAAUUGAAACGAAGAAUCUAAUUCUCAUUGUCUCUUCGUAUCUAGCAUUGCGAAACGGCGGCGUUCAAAAUGAAGGAAGAAGGGUACUUAAAUAUUUAACGAGAAAAAGAAAAAAAAAAAGAAAAAGGCUAAAAAUGGAAACAUAAGAUCUGUGCUUUUUGUAUUUUUCGCAAUUCCGUGGCCUCUCGGAGAAAGUUUCUCGUUUUUGUAUUUCGAAGCCUCGAGCCACCGAAGCAAUAUGGUUUCUUAUUCUUUGUAUACAAAAAAAAAUAUACUAUAUAUAUAUAUAUGUAUAUACAUAUAUAUAUAUAUAUACACAGACACACAUACACGCACACAUACACACACACUAUCGACGAGUAUAUAGUAUACAAAAUUAAUGAUUUAUUAAGUCUCUAGUCAUAGUAACGGCACGCGCAACAAUAUAUCCAAUCUCAAAUGGAAGGAAAAACAGAAACACAUAACGUUUUGUGUAAAUGGAACAGUUUGUUACCCGUUUCGUUUCUUCUUUAUCAUUUUCGUUUUCGAUAGUUCUCAUUGUCCGCGGAUAAGAAUGCGAGUGUUGAUUUUGAUUAGUCGAGUGCACAGGAAAAAAGAAAAAAAAAAAAAAAAAUAUCGCGAUAAUAAUAUGACGGAUCGAUUGUGACAUCAUCAGGAACAACAGCGUGAAAAAGAAAAAGAAAAAAAAAAAAAGAAAAGAAAA